AUGUAAUUAGAGAAUGAGAGAGAGAUAGAAUUCAUUUUAAAAAAUUUAAUAUUUGAAACCGAUAUAAAUAAAUUUAUGAAAGUUUUAGAUGGUAAUUUUUAUAAAUUUAAUUAAUUAGAUAAAUAAAUUACUUUAGAAAAGUUAAAAGAGUUAUCCUUUUGGUACUGCUAAGAGUAUUAAACUCUAUCAAUAAUUUAUAGGCGUCAAGUGUAUCCAGAGAAUAGCAAUUCUUAAUAAUCAAUAUAAAUGCCACCUAUUAAUUAUGUCAACUCCUUAAUUUCACCAAUAGAUGAUUGUCUUUAACAUUUAUUGGAAAUAAUUCAAGAAUAACAGAACUUGAUAGAUAGAGGCCAUAUACACAUUUAAUAAUCGGAAGAGCAGGAAAAUAUUAUUAAUUUCAUUAAAAAUGGAUCCUUUAAAUUGGAAACUUGCAUAUAAAAAUCUGAGGAAUUAAUAUUGAAAGUUCAGACAAUGCAAUUAAAUUAAUUGAACAAAAAUAUGAUUAUUACAAAUUAGACAAAUGUUUAAAAUUCAUUAAAGUCAUAACAUUCUUUAAUGAAAAGUUUUGAACAAUAUUUUGAAUAUUAGUUUAGAGAGUACAAUAAAUUGAAUCAAAAGGUAAAGUAAUUAUAGGUUAAACAAAAUUUUGAAUUAGAAAAUAUAGCUAAUUCAUUAGAUUCAUUUAUUAAAGACCAACUCUCUAGGACAUAAUUUAUUUAAAAUAGUUAAGUUAGAACCUUAAAUUCAAUUAAUCAAUGA